AUGGCGACUUUAUUGAUCAAUCACCAAUCACAACAUGCCCUUCCUUUGACUGCGGUGGUAAUGGCAUCACAAUUAGCUACCCCUUUUGGCACCAAAGCCAACAGUUUGAGCAUUGUGGAUAUCCAGGCUUCAAUAUCUCUUGCAGGAGUAACACCAGAAUUUGAUUGGCACAGAUAUUGCGAGUCAGUUGAGAGUGCCCUGGUGAGUGAUGAGGCAAUUUAUGGAGACUUGGUUCAAGGUUUUGGUCAGGCAUUGCAAGGUGGGUUCAAGUUGAAUUGGAAGCAACCAAAUGGAGCAUGUCAAUCUUGUGAGGCUAGUGGUGGACUCUGUGGUUAUAGCAAUAGUCUACACAACAAUUUCUUUUGCAUUUGCAAUAACAGAAGGCAUUCAAUGAAUUGCAACAAACAGGGUGCUCUAAUUACAGUUGGACCAGAACCCAAUUAUAUAUAUGCUGCCAUAGGUGCAUUGAUUUUUGGUGGUUCAGUUAUAGCAGCAACUGUGUUUUACUUCACUCAAAAGAAGAAAGGUGGUUCAUACAAACCCGUUUGA